AUGUUGUCGUCCCUUUGGAAUUUUGUCAAGCGCCACAAGAGGAAAUUUCUCUUCACCGGAGCUGUGGUUGGGGGUGUAUAUCUCUUGGGCAAUUAUGCUCGCUCCAAAAUCAGGCAGCUCCAAGAGAAGGAGGCCACCCACUACAUUAAUCAGGCCAGGCGUCAAUUCCACUUUGAGAGCAACCAGAGGACGUGCAACUUGACCGUUGUUUCCAUGCUGCCUCCUCUGAGGGAGGCCAUCGUCAAUCAACUCAACUCUGAAAGCCUCACCGCCAUCCUCAAGGCCAGGCCGGCUAAUAAAGUGGAGAUCUGGGAGGAUUUGAAGAUCAUUAGUUUCACACGCAGCCUGGUGGCCGUGUACGGCACGUGCAUGCUAGUGGUCCUGCUGAGGAUCCAGCUCAACAUCAUCGGAGGCUACCUGUACCUGGACAACUCCGUGGGAAAGUCCCCUACGGCUCCGAAGGCUCCGGCGGAGGUCCAGCAGCAGUACUUGUCCAGCAUCCGACAUCUCCUCGGCGACGGGUUGACGCAGUUAAUCACUGUGGUGAAGGAGUCCGUGCACAACUCACUGGAUGGCGUGCAUCUGAAGCAGACUUUGAGCCUGUCGGAGUUGGAGCGCCACGUGAGCGGGAUCCGAGCCCGUGUGGAGGCGUGCCCCCGCCGACCGCUGUCCUCCUACAUGAUGGCCCCCGACGACGACGCCCUCGCCGACCAGGCGUGCGGUCUGACGGAAAAGGACGUCCUGACCAUCCGCCUGCUGGACGAGACCCGGGACGUGAUGGACAGUCCGGACUUUGGCGCGGUGUUGAGCGCCUGCCUGCAGCGGGGAUUCGCUCGUCUCCUGGACAACCUGGCGCAGUUCUUCCACACGCCGCCGGCUGACGCCGACCCCGACUGCCUGCCGUCUGUCACUCUACCGCUGGCCAAGAUCAUCCCCGUCGUCAACGGUCAAAUCCACACCAUCUGCAGCGAGACGCCGGGACACUUUGUCCAGGAGCUCCUGAUGAACGACGACGUGAAGGAGUUUGCGGCCAACGUCUACGACAGCUUCAGCACGUAG